GCCCAUAAAGGAGACCCAAAAGAACCUACUUUUAAGAAAAGUGAGGAAUGUCUCUUGGCCUCAACAAAAAGGGUUUAUGACACUAGCAAGUGAUGAUUAUAAAGAGCAAAUCUCAACAUUAGUUUCUAAACAAACCAGCCCUAGUACAAGCAAAAUCCACUUGACACAGAUAAGUGAAAAGGCAUAGGACAAUGACAGGGCUGGGUUCUUCAUGUGGAGCAUGCAAGUUCCUAAGAAGAAAGUGCACGAGUGAAUGUGUGUUUGCACCUUACUUCUGUUAUGAUGAGGCUGCAACCCACUUUGCAGCAGUGCACAAGGUGUUUGGUGCAAGCAAUGUUUCAAAACUAUUAUUACACCUACCAGUACAGAAUCGAAGUGAUGCUGCUAUCACCAUAUCGUAUGAAGCACUGGCUCGGAUGCGGGAUCCUAUAUAUGGCUGUGUUGCUCAUAUUUUUGCACUCCAACAACAGAUAGCCAGCUUACAAGAGGAGAUAGAAAUUCUCGGGCACCAAAUGGCUAAUCUCAGUGUUGGCAUUGUUAGUCGUGGAAGCUCACAAACAACUUCAAACCCAAACUGUGAGAUACAGAACUAUUCACUUCAAGAUGCCAUAAACAUGCAAUAUUAUCAGAAUCAACCAGCUGCACCAUUGAAUGUUUCAGGAUAUGCAUCUGGAAACCAAGCUUUUAACAGCCAAAUGAAUGCUGAACUGCCUCCUAUAUAUGAAUGGGAAGACCAAAAUCCCUUCUGUGAAUCCCACCCAUAUACUUUGGACAGACUACUUGAAGGAGCAGACCAAGAGGUCUUUCCAUAUUGUUCAUGGUUGGACACUGGAAACUGAUCCAAAUUGAUGCAGAAAAGCAUUUUAAGCGACUUACAGCUUGUGUGAAAAAUUACCAUGAUUUUCAAGAUGACGAUGUAGAGUUAGUCCAGUCUGAACCUCAGAAUAAUCUUUUGUUGUCUUAAAAAAUUAUCGCAUCACCGUGCACUAUCUGUAAAUCCACUUGUGUAGACACCAGGAAUUUCAAGUGAGGAUGCAAACU